CAUCUUGAAAAAAUGAAAGCGAAAGAAGAAUUUUAUGUGGUGAAAUUUCAAUGAAUUACAAUUAAUGACAGGUCCAGGUACCAAAAAUUACAUUUUUCAACAGAAUACCAAGGAGCAACAGAUAAAUGUAAUAGCAACACAGAUUACUUAGAAGAAGUAAACAUGAAAAAAUCAUCAGCUGAUACGUCUUCAGACUCCUAUAAAAUGUUGUAUGGGACAUGUCCUGAUGAACAGUGUAAAGCCAAACUCUAUUUCCCAUCUUAUGAUAAAAGCAUUGAGUGUACUAGCUGUGGUCAGAGACAUGAAAAAUCAGCAAUCAAAAAUGUGGCUGAAGUUACAAAUCCGAAGGUUGCUUUUCAUAACAUUCUGAAAAACCUUCUUCUUGGAAAUGUGAAACCUAAAAAAGGUGCAGACAAUGUGAAAGUGCUAGGUCUUUCUAAUUAUGUGUGUAAAAUUGUGUCACCAAUCUUGACAAGAUAUGGUAUGGACAAGAACACAGGGGCAGCCAAACUGCUGACAGAGCUUGGACAACCAGCAAUCCUGGACUGUGGGAAGAUUUUAGGGGAUAGGGCCUUUCUCAUUGAGGAGGAGAAUCUGGACAUUAUUGGUUAUGGGAGGGACAGGACAGGAAGUGCCCAGUAUCUUGCCGACACUCUUAAUGUAAUUAAGGAGGCUAACGAUAAUGAGAGUAGACUGGUUCCCAUUCAUGCCGAUGGAGAUGGUCACUGCCUUGUGCAUGCUGUGUCAAGAGCUUUGGUUGGACGAGAACUAUUUUGGUAUGCUUUGAGAGUGAACCUCCUGAACCAUUUUCAGUCAAACCUGACCACCUAUAAGGAUCUUUUUUGUGAUUUUAUUGAUGUGGAUGAGUGGGAUUCAAUCAUUAAAGAAUGUGACCCUGAUUUUGUGCCUCAGGAUGGGGAGCCUCUGGGUCUGAGGAAUAUCCAUGUGUUUGGACUGGCAAAUGUUUUGAGAAGACCUAUUAUCCUGUUAGAUUCUAUCAGUGGAAUUCAGAGCUCAGGGGAUUAUUCUGGUGUGUUUUUACCUGGCCUGUUGCCCCCAGAAGAGUGUAAGAGCAAGGAUGGUGUCCUGAACAAACCAUUGUGUAUUGCCUGGAGUAGCAUGGGGAGGAACCAUUAUAUACCACUGGUUGGCAUCAAAGGAAAGGAGCAGCCCCUCCUGCCCCGUUAUAUGAUCCAGAGAGCCUGGGGUCUGCCCUCUGUUCAAAUUGAUAAGUACAUCGACUUCAACGAGAAAGGCUGCUGUGUCAUAGGUGGAAAUAAGUGUCUCUCAGAUAAAUACAUCAGGACUCUUGUAUCAGCCAUGGAAAAAGUUUACAUGGAUAAAUAUGGAGUUCAUCCUCAGCUUGUGGCAGACACUCAUCAAUACCUGUACAGAACUCUAGGUAUGGUGGGUGUUAGAAUGGAAGAAGUCUUAAAAACAACCAGGGAAGCUAUUCAGAAAAAGGCCUUAUACCGGUGUCUGACUUGUGAGGCUAUUAUGGAGUAUCAGUUACACGAUGAGUGGUUCAGAAAAGGGGGAAGUCUCUACAACUUAGCAGAGCAGACGUAUGGGAAAUUGAGACCAGACAAGAAGUAUUCCUUUCCACAGCAAGGAGCCAUAUGUAGUUAUGAUAAAGAUCAGGAUAAACUCGUACCAGAACUGACUAGAUGUAAACCAAGCACCUGCUCAUAUUGUCAAGGUGAAAAUAUUCGACUUGUGAACGGGGAUGGUAGUAUCUGUUAUGAGAACGGAGACAGAACAAAUACCCCCGCUGUAUCCAGUCGCUGUAUGUGUGGAUUUAAACAUUACUGGGAUGGCAAGGAGUAUGACAACUUACCAGAAAUUUUUCCCAUCUCCAUGGACUGGAAUGGAGAAACUGUAACAGAAAAAGUAGUGUGGUUCCAGCAUGAAUCAGAUGUCACUCUCAAUAGUAAUGUGUUUGAAGUAGCUCAAAAAUUAGUCCAGAAACACUUCCCAGGAGAGUUUGGCAGUGAGCGCCUCGUACAAAGAGUGGUGGAUACUAUAUUGCGUCACACUGCUCCAAAGGUCAAAGAUCGGGAGGGAGGAAGUUCAGCAGUUGUGUCCCCUUACCAAGACACAGAUUGGUCAGCAGAAGAACCAUCCAAAAUCAUACUAACUGGACACAAGCAAAAGACUCUACACAAAGAGGAACUGACCGUAAGCCAAAAGGAGAAAAUGGUUAAAAAGCAGAUAGAAACGCAAGCUCCAAAACACCAGCAAAAAAAAUCAAAGGAGAUGUCUGCCUCAGCAAGUAAAUCUAGUCCCUCUAAGCCAAAACUGGAGCAUGCACACAGUAAGGAGUCAUCUCCAGUUCCCAUGGAAAUGGAUAAAUCCUCUGGUCAAAAGAAAGUCCGGGUAGCCACCUCUGAUGGCCGACAGGUUAUGUUGACUGUAGAAGGACAAGUUAAUUUUGAAGCUCUUCAGAACAUGAUCUACAAGGCUGUGAAAGUUCCUCCGGAGAGACAGAAAAUACGGAUCGGAUUUCCUCCCAAGGAAUUAAAGAGACCUUCAGACUCGGACAUUAAUGAGCCUAUUCCACUCGCUCACGGAGACAAAAUAUCACUGGAAAUCAUUCCAAUGGUACAUUCUUUGUCUGACUCAGGAGCCGAGAGUUCACAUCAUGAGCAUAAAGCUCUUAAACAUUCCUCCUCUGCUCCCGUCAAACACAAACAAAAGUGGAGUAAUUUUGAAGAGGACAUCCACCAUACUCCAGCAUUUGAACCAUUGCUUCAGAGUUUCCAUGAUCAAGCAGGUAGUAACAGCCUUGAUGCUGCAGUUGCCUCUCUUACCAUCAUGGCUACUCUAAAAGGUCGCGACCUUUGGACCCAUGUACAGACCAUGCCUCAUUUAUUUUCUGUGGGUGGAUUGUUCUACAAACAAGUAGAGCGUGACCUAGGACUAGUAGAUGGCAAACACUGCACAUUACCCACUCUACCUGGAAAAGUAUUCAGAUAUAAUCAGGCAGAGAACAGAUUGGAACUGUGUAUGGAACCAUAUGGACACUUUCAAAUUGAACCUGGUGUUGAGAGCAAAGCCGAAGAAUCCAGACCUAUAUUUGGCUCCCAGAGUGAAGGGUCGUUUAGUGCAUUUAGUGGAGCAGUUGGAAAUAAGAGCAAACAGACUGCAUUCACAGGGCAAGGACACUCACUGAAAACAAUGCCUGACAUUGAGAAAAUGCCGGAAGACAUCCCAGAAAACUUGCACCAACAUGUACGUCACUCGCACACUCUCUGUAACCCAAAUGUCCACCAAGAGUCAAUUGCUGAAGAGCCAGAGGAGCAGAUGGGAGUGGAUCUAGAGAAAACCAGGGGUGCAGGGGGAAGUGUAGGGCAGGGGUACCAGAGAAUAGGACCUGGAUACAGUGUUAUCAGUCAUUCUGAUGAGAACCAGACAAACAAGUCUGUUCAACAAUUUAAAGAUCUAGCAGAGAGCAUUGAAAGAGCAAUGAAUGAGGACAUAUCUAAAAUUGAUGAAGAGAUGGAGAAACUUGAUGAAGAAGAGAGAAAAAGCAGAACGUCUAGCUUCAGUUCUCCACAGAACACAGUUAGCCAAGAGGACAACAUAUUCUUUAAUGAAGAUAAAACAGAAUCUACGUCAGAGGAAAAGAUGGAGGUCACAGGAAGUGAGGAAGGGAGACCACCCAUGCCAACCUCAGCAGAUGACCAAUCAAUUUCAUGAGUGAUAAAUUAAAAGUGAAAGUAAAUUACUUGGUGGUUAAAACUCAGUGAUAGAAUCCUGUGUAUCAAAUUCAGAAUUGACUAAUUCUUUUGAAACUGUUUUAAAAUGGUUUCAACAAAAUUUGAGCAAUUACACAUAGACUCAAUAUUUUAAAUGCUGCUCUAAGCUUUUGAUGUUUACUGUAUGUGUAAUAAAUUUCAUAGCAAAGAGAGAUCAAAAAAUGAAAUGCUACAUGUAUUUAGCAUAUAUAUGUAGAUGUUUGAAAUAUUCACCAUCUGCAAUUUUUCUUUUCUUUGACCUGCUGUUUAUAUAUAUCUUUUUACUUCUGUACUUCAGAGCCAAGCACUGAAUGUUAUGUCAGUUUUAAAAGUUAUAAUAAACAAUUUUAAGUGUGUAGACUACAAAAAGAAUGUUGUUUUGCCAAAUUUCAUCUGUCUUACAAGAAAGAAAAAAAUUUGAAAUUGUUAAAACUGCUGAUAAGGGACACGGGAUAAUUCAUAACACAUGGAUUGUUGGUUGUAUUUCACAUGUAUACAGUUUCCAUUCACUUCUGUACCAAAAAAAAAAAUCACCCCUGUAGUAUGUAUUUAGAAAUAGAAAAACCAGACCAUUGUAUUUUUGUAGUAUUGUAAUGAGCAGCCCUGAUAUUAAUUUUGCAUACAGUUUAUGCAGUAAUUUGCCAUAAUAAAGUUGUCUUUCAGUUGACAUCUUAUAAACUGUAUUAAAUCAGUGUACAAUAAUCUACAAACUAAUGCCUGUGAUGUGGACUGGGAAAGCUAGUUGUAAAUAAAUCAUUUGAAAUUGUC